GCUCGCGUUCCGCUUCGCCUUCAACCUCUUCUCGACCAUCACGGGCGCACCGAUCGUGUCGUGGGUCACCCACCUCGACAUGGGCUGGAUCAACAUCACGCCGCGCCUCCUCUUCAUCUCGGCGACCAUGUACUACGGCCGCGUUGCGCUGCAGUGGAACUGGCGCCGCGUCCUCGCUUUCUGGACCUUCUCCAACAUUGUGCUCAUGGCCCUCGCCACGUUCUUUGUCAUCUGCGACGUCUCGCGCAACGCGUACCUCUACUCGGUGCUGCUCGUGCUCACGGGCGUCCCCGUCUCGGUCAUCAACCUCAUCAUGGGAUUUCUCAUGGUCGAGAUGGCCGGCGUCGGCUACGAAGCCGUCAUGGCGGGUCUUUGGGCCUCGAUCCGCGACCUCAACGUGCCGAUCGCCAACAAGGUGCGCUCGUGGCUCCUCGACGGCUUUCCCGCCACGAUGAGCUUGAAGAACGACGCAGAGACCAAGCAUCACGCCGCCUACAUGCACCUUAUUGCGUUUGCGAUCCAGCUGAUCGGUCUUGUUUGGAUCGUCUUGCUGCCGUCGCAAAAGGCACCGCUGGCUCUGAUGAAGCAGCGCGGCGGCGCCACGUCAUUCGGCGUCCUUGUCGUGCUCGGCUACGUUGCGCUCAUGGCGUUCUCGUGGGAACAAAACGUGCACAACUAUGUCCAAUAAGAACUGCCAGUACUAGACACACUAAGAUACAACUAAGAAUCGACUAUUUAUGA